AUGGGAGACAUAUCGGAGCCAAUUAAAAAAUGUAUACUUAUAUUGAAAUCCGCAAAAAGCGAUACGGAAAAAUUUGCUGCUCUUUUUAUGGUGACCAAGUUGGUGAAGGGAAAAGACUGUAAUUCUCAAGCAAAAAAAGCUCUCUUCGAGGCGAUCGGUUUUAAGUUUUUGAAGAAACUGUUAACAAACAACAAUGUUGAAGAUGAUUGUCCACCUUCCGUCUAUAAAUCUGUUGCCCUCUCAAUUCUUACAUGUUUUUGUAAUGAACCAGAACUUGCAACUCAUCCAGAAAUGCUGGCAAAUAUACCAGUGUUCCUGGACAUCGUUCAAACAUCAGACAAUGAAGACUAUGAUGAUAACCUUAUUAUCAUUAGUGAAGCAUACACAUGUCUCCAGUGUAUUGCAGAGCAGGAGGCUGGACAAAAAGCCCUAAUUGAAGUUGGAGCUAUAACAAAAAUGUCUGAAAUUUAUUCACACCAGAGUUUCCAAACUGAUGAAGCACUCAACAUUCUUGUUAAACUUGUCAGUAGAUAUGGACCUGCGGCAUGGGGCAAUGAUCCUAAACCAUUUCACGCAUUAGUCAAUAAAAUUGCUUUAGAUUUUGCAACUGACCAAUCUGAAAGAAAAUUUGAACUAGCUACAAUCCUAAGUGCCCUACUAUACAGCUGUAAUAAAUUUAUAAUCGUGCCUGGUGCUGGAGAGGAAACUUGGCCACAAAGUAUCUAUAAGGCCCUUAAUGACAUCCUUACUAGUAAAAUUGGAAAAAAUCAAAGAGAUCCUGCCCUCAAGUUAGCAGCUAAUAUAAUUGAACUUCUUGGGGUUGAAUGGACUUUUAAUGAUGAAGAAAAUCCCAAGAAAUUUUUCUUAUUGCUUUUGCAAUUGUGCGCCAUUGAAGUUAGAAUGCAACUUGAAGAUAGAAGUUUUAAACAGGCAUAUGCAAAUGCAGAAUUAGUGACUUCUUGCUUUAUUGUGUUAGAAAUGUCCAUCAACUAUAUGGCUACUGAUCAGUUAGAUUUAGAACAAAAGGAAAAACAAUCGGUUUAUACAAGUCUCAAAGGUGCAUUUAAUGCUGUUGUUUCCAUUCUGACUAAAGUAUCUAACGAUAAAAACCGAGACAAACUCCCUGAUGUGGAAAAAGUUUUUGUAUGUGCAAUGAUUAGAGUUUUAGUUGCAUGGAUAGCACAGGAAACUACAGCAAUGAGAGAUCAAAUUUAUGCAUUAUUGCCAUUUGUUUUUACCUUAGCUAAUGAUUCUUUCCAUGCAUAUAGGGCGAGGAAACUAGCAGAAAAGAAUAAGUCUGAAGGAGAACCAAUGGACACAGACAUAAGUCUCUUAGGUCAAAUAGAUCUGUUGCGCUUAAUGCUUCCUGCGCUUUGUCAUCUUGUUGUAGAAGAUAAAGCAAGAGAUAUAGUAUUAAACUUGAAACAAGAAGAUAUACUUUAUGAAGCUAUGAACUUUCAUUGGUCAAUUGUUCAUUAUAAGAAACCGCUUAUUCCGAAAUCGGAAAGAGGCAAAGUGAAAACUCAACCAGAACCAGAAUUGGAUCCCAAAGUUUUGGAUGACAUGAGAGAUUCGAGAGCUGCAAUGGUCAGCCUGUGUAAUAUUUUUAUGAAUCUUACAGUUCUAGCUCCCAAAGUGGUUGAUAACAGCAUGUUGUUUAACACUUUGUUAAAAUUCAUCUUUAAUAAUUUACCAGAACUAAAGAACAUCCCUGAAAACCUAGUACUUCAUGGUCAUUUAGCAGUAUUAGGACUGCUUUUACUGAAACAGCAAGGCAGUAAAGUGAAAAAGAAUGACUUUUCAAUUUGUAGUUACAUUCAAUCGACAAUCAGGUUCCUGUGGGAUGCGUACAAUGUUGAUGAAUCAAAUGAUCCUAAUGCACUUGUUGUAUCAAUGGCUUAUAAGGAACAUUGGAAUGAAAUUGCAGAUUUAUGGUUUUUGGGUAUGCAGACCAUGAGUGGAGUUCUUACUAUAGUACCCUGGAUUUCGGAGUUUGCAAUUGAAAGUGGAUGGGCUGAAGGCAUAACGGAAAUGCUUGUUAAGGUUAAAGUUGGAACCUUACCACCAAAUGUGAAAUCAGCUUUUGAAGAUUUUCUCUGCAGAUUAGUUGAUUCAAAUGAAAGUGUUAAGGCUGUAUUAAAAAAGGCUGGAGCUCUUAAGAUGUGCAGAAAUCAUCGGUUAAUGGAUUUAGGAAAAAAGUUGUUUGGAGACUAA